AUUCCCAAGCGUAAACUUCUCUCUAACAAUUUCUCUCUCUAAAAAAAUAUAUUUCUAAUUCUAAAUCUAAGAUAAAAUCUCCUCUUUUAAAAAAAUAGAAAGAAAAUUUGUAUAUAGUAAAACUAAGGAUAAAUUAGUUGGACAUCCUAAAAAGACCUGUACAGGCGCGCCCUCACUUUGGAUUGCGCGGCUGGGAAGAAAAGGGUACGAAACAGGAAGCAAGGGCAGCGCGCUCGCGCCCCUGGAGUAUGGCACCCUCCUCGUGCGUUCGUCAAUGCAAUUUGUGCGCUCUACUUAUUAGACAUUGGGUAUGGCAGUCCCAAAUCAUGCUGAUGGUGGGUUCAACAUAACUUUUUUAUGCUAGUGCAACAUGAGAGCGCAGGCUUGAAAACUUGGAGCUAGCACACCUUUACUUAUGAGCUACAAAAGAAUGAUGACCUUGCAUCUUGAGCUUCGUUCAUAAAACCCGAGGAAAAAACAUGGAGAACCUUGGACACCACCUCUCUCCUAAUAACAAAGAAAAACAAACAAACAAAAGAGAAAAAGCAAUAUAAACUAAGAAAAUGCAAGAAAACGGGAAAACAACUAAGAAUGAACAAACUAGAGAAAUAAAGGCUAAAACUAGAGAAAAAGACAUAAAAAAAGCUACAAACGCAACUUAGAAUCAUCCAAAAUGAAGCUAAUGGAGUGCCAUAAAUGACACUCAUUAAAGGUAUACCAAUGAUUUGAGACACCCUUUGCAAUCUUUCAUCCCCCCUUAACCCAUUUAAACACAUAUUCCAUUUCUUCACUAACUAUUUUGAGCUUUGUCUAACGAUUGACCUUUAUUUCUUCGACCCACAUUUACCUAAACUUGGGAUGGAAGAUGUGUAAUUUUCAAAAAACAUGUUUGAAAGAAAAGAAAAAGUAGAAAAAAAAGUAAAAAAAAGAUGGCUAAGGAUAAGUGUUCCAAUGUAUUCGAUAUACAUAAGUCUCAAAAUGCGUCUCUUAUCGAGUGCUUGGUAUCAUGCCUGAGAAACAUGAAUGUUAAGUGAGUGAUGAACCCCAUGAUCCCCGAUUGUCCAAGUUAAUUCAAAAGAAUGAAUGCAAAAGUACAUAAACUUGCAAAAAUUCAAAUUUCAAAACACGAUUGCAUAUUUGGGGGGCCCUCCCAGAUCUUGAGCCUUUUUCCAUUCGUCUCCAACCUUUAGCUUAACCACAUUAAGGGGGCAUUUGGUUGGGGGGUUUCAGGAAACGGAAUGGGAAUGAUUCCGUUUCUUGUCGUUUGUUUUUCCAUUUCAAUCAUUCCCUUUACCCUUUUUUAUUUUUCACUUUACCUAAAAUCCCUCUAAUCUCAUUCCCUACCCCCCCCCCCUUGACUUUUGCAUUCCCAUUCCCCUAUUCUUUACCCACUUCUUCAUCUCCUCUCUCUGAGCACCCCUCUUCUUCAUCUCCUCUCGGCGAGCACCGUCAGCGACCACCACCGUCAGUGACUACCGUCAGCGACCACCGUCAGCGACCACCACCGUCAGCGAUCACCGUCAGCUUGUUCAAGCGCAUUUCCUCUUCCUUGAAAUCGACGAUAAACUCUUUCUUUCCGAUUUAAGUAUUAUGGAAGAAAGUAGUGCAAGUGGAGGUGGAAGGGGGAGAAACAAACGAUUUUGGACCGCUCAAGAAGAUGAAGUCCUUGUGGAAGCAUUGUCAGAGCUAGCUGUAGAUCCUCACUGGAGGUGUGAAAAUGGAUUCAGAAGCGGCUAUAUGGUUCGCUUGGAGGAGGUCAUAGGUAAGGCUCUUCCUGGUUGUGAUUUAAAGGCUACACCACACAUUGACUCUCGGCUUAAGACACUUGGAGCCAAGUUUAGGGCUAUUUCUCAAAUGUUAAAUACAAGUGGAUUCGUUUGGGAUGAUGAAAAAAAUGGUUUCUGUGGACCGGGCUGUUUAUGACGAGUUUUGCAAGAGUCAUCCUAAUUGCAAAAACUUGUAUGGAAUUUCUUUCCCCCACUUUCAUGAACUCGAGAAAAUUUAUGGCAAGGACUAUGCUACUGGAAAACCAGCUGAAGGUUUUGCUGAUGCAGUCAACAACUUGGAAAAAGUUGCCCCUCCACAAGUUACACUUGAUUCAAGUGAUGAUGAGGAUGUUCUAUGUAGUGGUAAUGUCACUCAAACUGUUACCUCUCCUCCUUAUAAAAAGAUCAAGACUGAAAACACUACAAAAAAAAGUAAGAGAGGAAGUGGUGGUGCCGGAAGUUCUAAUGAGCUCGCUAGCUUACAAGCAUUUAUGAAAGACAUGAAUGUUCAUCUUUCCACUAUGGCUACUGUGAUGGCACGCACUGAUGAUCGUGAACAACGUGCGGAUGAAAGAGAGCAAAAAUUAGUUGAAAAGAGUGAACAAGUGCUAGAGGAACUACUCUCUUUUAAUCUUGAAGGUGUCACUCCUACCCAAGUUUUUGAAGUGGCUAACAUUCUAACCGCACAACCUAACAAGUUCAUGAUAUUUUCAAAGUGUCCGGAUGCUUUGAAAGGUGCUUAUGUUAAGAGUCUUCUUGGAGGAAGCGGUGAUGGUAGUGCCUAAUAAAUUUUAUGUUAUGGUUUUAUGUAUGGUUUUGUAUUAGGAAGGAUUAUUGGCAAAGACUUUGGUUGAAUGUCAAUCUUAUUAGAAUACUUUUGGUAUGAACUUUUAUCUAUGAACAAGUACUUUGUAAUCAAUGGAGCAUGAAAAAUGUUA